UUUUUCUGUCUUUCUUGGCCUUAGUGAAAAAUUGUCCUAUGGUGUGCACGAAAAACUACUUGUACUCUUUUGUUACUGAACAUUUCUUCAUCAUGGCAUUGCUGUCCGUUGAUUUUUCUUUCUCUCCUCUGUGCCACACCUUAUCCCUAUCUCUCUUUCCCUCUCUCCUAUCCCUCCUCCCUUCCUUCCCUCCUUUCUUUUCACUAGGAGCUCUGCAACCUAACAGACAGACUGCAAGACGCGUACAAAGAUGAGAUCACGAUGCUGAAUAACAAGGGACGACCACUGUACACUAGUGAUCCUAGACCUCCUACUGAGGUUGAGGCAGGCCAAUCAGUUCAUGUUGACUACAACUGGAGAGAGAGCUACGGAGGUUCAGCGCUGGAGAGUGGACCCCAGACGGUGGGUCGACCUACACCGCACGACCAGCUACCACCGAGCUACCCCGAGGACAAGCUCAGAGCACAGCAGUCCCCCACGUUCACCGAAGACAGUGACACCAUCAGCAGGACUCUGGACCAUAGAGACUCUGUAAAAGAGUACCUACAAGGACAGUUCUACCUGCAGCAGACGUACAGUGAACACAUCCACUGGAGGAGAGUGAGGCAGAUAGGCCACGGAGGACAGGCCAAAUGCUUCUGCAUCGAGGACUGCGUCAACAACUACGCCCUCUGUCUGAAAGAGGAGGUGGAGAACAAAAAGGCACUGGACGAAGCGUUCAUCUGCCUCACGCUGGCUCGCCUCGUUAGCGAUGCCCCGCCCAACAUUGUAGAGUUCUUCGGAGCGUCCAUCUUGCCUCACUACUCUGGCAGCAAUCGUCUGCAGCUCUUCCUGGAGCUAAUGCCAGGUUGUCUACAGGAGUAUGUGUUUGAGAACGGUCCUCUUCCACCUGACACCACUCUCAACUACUCCUUCCAGCUGUUUGAAGCUCUGGACUACCUGCACCAGGAGCUCAGGGUCAUCCACUGCGACAUCAAACCUGCCAAUCUCCUCAUCGACUACAACUGUCAGAGGUUAAAGGUGGCAGACUUUGGGUGUGCGGAGCUCCUGGACGAGGGCUGUCACAGGAAGGGAUUGCCCGAGAACAAGGACGCCGGGACACUCUGGUACAACCCACCCGAUUUCUACUGCAGUGGAAACUGCAGCUUCGGGAUGGACAUCUGGCAGGCAGGCUGCAGUGUGCUGUUCAUGGUGACGGGUCGUCGUCCCUGGAGACAUCUCUGCAUGGACGUAGACAAGCAGAAGGCGGGGCCUGGACUGGCCGGCCUCCUCAAGAAAAGAUGCUGUCAGAUUAUUGGUGAGCAAAACGAGAGACUCCACCCACUGCCGGCGUUCCUAACGAGUCGGGUGGGAGAGGGGGGCGUGGCAGAGGGCGGGGCAGGAGUGAGGCAGCUCCUGGUCGGCUGCCUCCAGCCGGCGUCGUCCCGUCUGUCAGCCAAAGACCUCGCUUACCUGGCUGCUGUCUCGGAGACAACCAGUCAGUACCAGAGGUCUCGUAUCGUCAGGCAACUUGGAUACUCACCAAGUCACGCAGUUCUGGAUCGUCUGCAGAGAGAAAGCCACACCCACCAAUCAAUGGUGGACAUAUACCUGGGCAAAGAGAUGCUGAGAACAGACAUCAAUUCCAUGCCACAUGCCAUGCUCAAUGGCUGGCUGGGUUCCGUUCCACACCGGAAUGGAAUGACGUACAGUGACCUCUUGAACCUUGCGAGACAGCACAUCCCAGUAAGUUCCCUCUUUACCGUGUCAAAGUAUUCUCUCUCUCUCGUUACUUCUCCAGACUUAUUAAUGAUAGCUAAGGGCUAGCACUUUUACAGUUCUUCGUAGCAUAUGUAGUUCUAGUAGGUCAUAACUGUAGAUUCGAAACCAUAAUUAUACAGGACAACACACUCUAUUACGGGACAGAAAAGUAUUCCUCACUCCUCAUCAGUUCCAAUAUAGGGUAGGGAACCAUAGUAACUAAUAGGAACCAGUGGAACUAAGAAUAGGAAUGGGAAUAUGGAAUAGGUUUUCGUGAUGGCUUAUAUAUGAGGAACCUACCCAAUAUAGCCCAGAAAUGUAAUGCGGCAUGAACUGAACGCCGGGUUAAGGUGCCCGAAGACGCUCAUCAAAAACACAGCCAGUUUUUUAAACUCUUCCUCUAAUGUUAGCAGAACAGGUGUUCCACUCCACAACAAAAUCCUGUACAACUCUAACUCCACCCACUAAUAAUAACCCACUCCAGGUCAUAGAGCACUUUGGAGAAGUGGCCCUCUCUGUUAUCCACGACGACCCUUGCCUGGUCUGGAAGGCCGUGGCAUCGGGUGCCAAGCCCCACAGAGUCCGACCAAGCCACCAGGUGGAUCCGACUCGCGCCCUCCUGCUUCACCCCGUCUCCACACAAACAACUUGCUGCUGAUGAUACUGCAUUGCUUAGUCUAUGUGUCUUGUAUGAUUCUUGUACAUGCUGCAUCUUUGUUUUCCUCCAUUGUAUCAUGAUGAAAGCUCUCUGUUUCUUUGACAGAAAUUGUAUCUUCUCUCUAGAUCUCUCUCGUGGCACUCAUAAUAAUUAUUCGCACCGUCUUUGUUUUUUUUGUGUAUAUACCCAAAAGCAACAUAAUUGUUCUUCAUAAUAUUUAUGUGACAUUAUUUUCCUAACAGAUCUGUUUUAUAUAAAGAAACCAGCUUUAGUGCUUGUUGUCACGGUUAUGUGGCACUCUCUUUGAGAUGAAAUGGUGCACACAAUAAUUUUCUGUAAUUCAUUGCUGAUUUAUUUACUCGCCC